AUGAAUAUGCACCGUCGGCCAAAGACGACGGAAUUUGGAAGUUUGGUCGUCCCCCUUUAUAAGCCAUUGCAUUCCCAAAUGCUCUGCUCAACACACAACAGAUUUCAAAAGAGGUUGUUAGCAAUGGAAAUCAAAACCGAGGCAAGCAAGCCCCAGGAAUGGAUCAGGGGCGCCAUUAUUGGAGCUGGAGCAUUCGGCACAGUUAGUCUUGCCAUCAACAAGUCUAAUGGCGAGCUCUUUGCUGUAAAGUCCAUGGCCGUCAAUUCAGUUUCUUAUCUAGAAAACGAAUUCAACGUUCUCAAGAGUUUGGAUUCUCCACACAUUGUGAAAUGUCUGGCGAAGGACUACAGUGUGGAGAAUGGGGUUGAGGUCUGCAAUCUGAUGAUGGAGUAUCUGCCAGGGGGUAGCGUAGCAGACCUGCUGAGUAAAUUUGGGGGACAAUUGGACGAAUCGGUGACCAAAUCCUUCACUCGUGGCAUCCUCCGUGGAUUAGAUUACCUCCACAGGCAGGGAAUCGUGCACUGUGACAUCAAGGGAAAGAAUGUGCUUGUUGGGGGCACUGGCCUGGUCAAGCUUGGUGACUUUGGAUCUGCCAGGAGGACAGAGAAAAAGGGGUUGAAUGGUUUAAGUGGUACGCCAUUGUGGAUGGCUCCUGAAGUAGUGAAUCAGGUGGAGCAGGAACCGGCUUCAGAUAUUUGGUCUGUGGGUUGCACAGUUGUGGAAAUGGCCACUGGAAGGCCGCCUUGGGGCACCGCUUCGAAUCCUCUUGCGGCCCUGUAUCAGAUUGGUUGCACAGAUGAUCUGCCGGAGUGUCCCUCCUGUCUUUCGCCUCAAGGCCGGGAUUUUCUAGACAAGUGCUUCCGUAGAGAUCCGAAACAGAGGUGGACCGCUGCACAGCUGUUGGAACAUCCUUUUCUCUCUGAGAUCGACUGCUGUUCUGUAACAGAGGUGAAUAGGGCUCCUCUCUCUCCUACCAGCACUUUGGACUUUGGUAGCCCUGAUUGGGAUUCUGCCUCUUCUAGUUUGUGUCAAUCUGUCCCAAUUUUGUCUCUGGCCAUUGCAAGGUCUUGUGUGAAAGGUGAAGAAACAGGGGAGAAAAAUGAGUCCGUCAAGAGACCUUCAGCCAAGGACAGAUUGGCCGCAUUGGCUGUAGGAUGUGAGAAGCCUGAUUGGUGUUCAAGCCCACCAAGUGGCCACUGGAUUGUUGUUAGAUCCAACUCACCCCUUUCAAACGCCCAAAAUUGUUCCGCAGAGGCAGAAAGCAAACCUGUCAUGGAGAUCAGCGAUGGAGAAAAGCAAGAAUUCACACACACAAGUUCAGAUCUAGAGGCCUCUAGUGAGGACAAUCAGCAUGAAUUGGAGGUGUCUUCAAGGUCAAUAACGUCAUCUUUGAUUGUUGAUGGCUCUCAGGAGUUGUGUGAAAUUUCUUCAAACCACACUUCACUGCAGAAACUCUCUCCUGAAAUUCAGAACAGAGUAGAAGAAAGAGAAAUUCUGUGCGACUCUGCUACUCAAAGCGGACCAAUUUGCCUCACAUGUUGUAUUCCGCUUGUUGAGCAAUUUUGCCCCCAAAAUUGUACAGAAGGGCAAAUGUUCAUUAGUUCCAGUGCUGAAACACAAAAAUUUAUUUCAAUUCAUUUUAACUGGUUACAUAUUUUUUUUGCGUUGUGGGAUAAUUUUAGUUACAAUGGUGUUUGUUUCUUUGAUAAAGUUUCCUGUUUUUUUUUUUUUUUCUUUCUCUUAAUUUAUGCAGAACAAGCUCAAAUUGGCUUUCUUCAUUUUUUUUUUUUUUUUUUUGAAUCGAAAGAAUUUUAA